CCUGCCCACCGCUCGCCAGCCUGGGAGGAAGGGUGUUUCCUCUGUACCUCCAGGAAGUUUCGGCCUCGUAGUGGCUUCUUGUGGUAAAAGUGGAGUAAAGAGUUGUGGAGAGGCCGCAGCCGGGUCCUGAGCUCCCAGGAAGGCGGCGGGCAGUGGACCAUCCGGAGAAGCAGCACAUUCUGCUUCAAAAUGACGACACAAGUGACACUAGAGGAUGCUUUGUCCAAUGUAGAUCUAUUGGAAGAAUUGCCUUUACCAGACCAGCAACCCUGUAUUGAGCCACCUCCGUCAUCCUUGCUGUAUCAGCCAAAUUUCAACACUAAUUUUGAAGACAGAAAUGCCUUUGUCACUGGCAUUGCGAGAUACAUUGAGCAGGCUACUGUCCACUCUAGCAUGAAUGAAAUGUUGGAAGAAGGACAGGAGUAUGCCAUUAUGCUUUAUACCUGGAGAAGCUGCUCAAGAGCGAUACCGCAGGUUAAAUGCAAUGAACAGCCUAACCGUGUAGAAAUCUAUGAGAAAACUGUGGAAGUUCUGGAACCAGAGGUCACCAAACUAAUGAACUUCAUGUAUUUCCAGAGAAAUGCUACUGAACGCUUCUGUGCCGAAAUGAAACGUCUUUGUCAUGCUGAGAGAAGAAAAGACUUUGUGUCUGAAGCUUACUUAUUAACGCUUGGUAAAUUCAUCAAUAUGUUUGCAGUCUUGGAUGAACUAAAAAAUAUGAAGUGCAGUGUGAAAAAUGAUCAUUCAGCAUACAAGAGGGCUGCUCAGUUUUUGCGAAAAAUGGCUGAUCCCCAAUCAAUCCAGGAGUCGCAGAACUUGUCCAUGUUUCUCGCCAAUCACAAUAAGAUAACUCAGUCAUUACAGCAGCAGCUGGAAGUCAUUCCUGGCUAUGAAGAACUCAUUGCUGAUAUUGUGAACUUAUGUGUUGACUAUUAUGACAACAAAAUGUACUUGACGCCUGGGGAGAAGCAUAUGUUACUGAAAGUUAUGGGAUUUGGUUUGUAUCUUAUGGAUGGGAGUGUGAGCAACAUCUACAAGCUGGAUGCUAAGAAGAGAAUUAAUCUCAACAAAAUAGACAAGUUCUUUAAGCAACUGCAGGUGGUGCCACUAUUUGGGGACAUGCAAAUAGAACUUGCAAGAUACAUUAAAACCAGUGCACAUUAUGAGGAGAAUAAAUCUAGAUGGACAUGUACGUCGUCCAGCAGCAGUCCUCAGUACAACAUCUGUGAGCAGAUGAUCCAGAUUAGAGAAGACCACAUGCGCUUUAUCUCAGAGCUGGCUCGGUACAGCAAUAGUGAGGUGGUGACUGGAUCUGGUCGCCAAGAAGCCCAAAAGACUGAUGCAGAGUAUCGGAAGCUUUUUGACUUGUCCUUACAAGGACUUCAGUUGUUGUCUCAAUGGAGUGCACAUGUGAUGGAAGUGUACUCUUGGAAGCUUGUACACCCAACUGAUAAGUACUCUAACAAAGACUGUCCAGACAAUGCCGAGGAGUAUGAGAGAGCCACACGUUACAACUACACCAGUGAAGAGAAGUUUGCACUUGUGGAAGUGAUUGCCAUGAUUAAAGGCUUGCAAGUUCUGAUGGGUCGGAUGGAGAGUGUGUUUAACCAUGCCAUUCGUCAUACUAUUUAUGCAGCAUUGCAGGAUUUUGCUCAGGUUACCUUGCGGGAACCACUGAGACAAGCUAUUAAGAAAAAGAAAAAUGUCAUCCAAAGUGUCCUUCAGGCAAUCAGAAAAACAGUUUGUGACUGGGGUGCAGGAUGUGAACCAUUCAAUGACCCUGCCCUUAGGGGAGAGAAAGAUCCUAAGACAGGGUUUGAUAUCAAAGUUCCUAGACGUGCAGUAGGACCAUCCAGCACUCAGCUUUACAUGGUGAGAACCAUGCUAGAGUCACUCAUUGCUGAUAAAAGUGGUUCCAAGAAAACGCUAAGAAGUAGCCUAGAGGGUCCAACCAUAUUGGAUAUAGAAAAAUUUCACCGUGAAUCAUUCUUCUACACACACUUGCUUAAUUUCAGUGAAACCUUACAGCAGUGCUGUGAUCUGUCCCAGCUGUGGUUCAGAGAGUUUUUCUUGGAGCUCACCAUGGGUCGUAGAAUUCAGUUCCCUAUUGAGAUGUCCAUGCCUUGGAUUUUGACUGAUCACAUUCUAGAGACAAAAGAAGCAUCAAUGAUGGAGUACGUUCUUUACUCUCUGGAUCUGUACAAUGACAGUGCACACUAUGCCCUCACAAAGUUUAAGAAACAGUUCCUCUACGAUGAGAUUGAAGCUGAAGUUAACCUAUGCUUUGACCAAUUUGUGUACAAACUUGCGGACCAAAUCUUUGCCCAUUAUAAAGUUGUAGCUGGAAGUUUACUUUUGGACAAGAGGCUUCGAGCAGAUUGUAAAAAUCAGGGAGUCAGUAUUACGCAACCAACAUCUAACCGUUAUGAUACGUUACUGAAGCAGCGCCACGUUCAGCUCUUGGGAAGAUCUAUUGAUCUUAACCGGUUGAUCACUCAGAGAAUUACUGCAGCUAUGUAUAAAUCUCUGGAACUGGCAAUUGGACGAUUUGAAAGUGAAGAUCUUACAUCCAUAGUGGAGCUAGAAGGCCUUCUUGAGGUGAACCAAAUGACUCAUAAGUUGCUGAGCAAAUACCUGACCUUGGACAGUUAUGAUGCCAUGUUCCGAGAAGCCAAUCAUAAUGUUUCUGCCCCCUAUGGAAGGAUCACUUUGCAUGUGUUUUGGGAGCUAAACUAUGAUUUCCUCCCCAACUAUUGCUAUAACGGUUCUACCUACAGGUUUGUUCGAACAGUUCUACCUUUUUCUCAGGAAUUUCAGCGUGACAAGCAACCGAACGCCCAGCCACAGUAUCUGUAUGGCUCUAAAAACCUAAACCUGGCAUAUAACAGUAUUUUCAGCUACUACAGACACUUUGUAGGUCCCCCACACUUUAAAGUGAUUUGCCGUCUUCUAGGAUAUCAAGGUAUUGCCGUAGUGAUGGAGGAAUUGCUGAAAGUUGUAAAAAGCCUGUUGCAAGGUACCAUUCUCCAGUAUGUGAACACACUGAUGGAAGUGAUGCCGAAGAUCUGCAGGCUGCCCAGACAUGAAUAUGGUUCCCCAGGAAUCUUGGAGUUUUUCCACCAUCAGUUAAAGGACAUAGUGGAAUAUGCUGAAUUGAAGACUGUGUGCUUCCAGAAUCUGAGGGAAGUGGGCAAUGCCCUCCUCUUCUGUCUUCUUAUAGAACAAAGCCUGUCCCUGGAAGAGGUUUGUGACCUGCUUCAUGCUGCACCUUUCCAGAACAUUCUGCCCAGGGUCCAUGUUAAAGAGGGAGAACGCCUGGAAGCAAAGAUGAAGAGGUUAGAAUCAAAGUAUGCUCCACUCCACCUGGUGCCUCUCAUAGAAAGAUUGGGGACUCCUCAGCAAAUUGCCAUAGCAAGGGAAGGAGAUCUGCUAACCAAAGAACGUCUUUGCUGUGGCCUGUCGAUGUUCGAAGUGAUUCUUACCAGAGUGCGCACCUUCCUUGAUGAUCCUAUUUGGCGUGGACCUCUGCCCAGCAAUGGUGUAAUGCACGUGGAUGAGUGUGUAGAAUUCCAUCGGCUCUGGAGUGCUAUGCAGUUUGUUUACUGCAUCCCUGUGGGCACACAUGAAUUCACUGUAGAGCAGUGCUUUGGGGAUGGACUCCACUGGGCAGGUUGUAUGAUCAUUGUGCUUCUGGGACAAGAGAGAAGAUUUGAUGUCAUGGACUUCUGCUAUCACCUGCUGAAGGUGCAGAAACACGAUGGCAAGGAUGAAAUCAUCAAGAGUGUGCCAUUGAAGAAAAUGGUUGAACGUAUCCGUAAGUUCCAGAUCCUGAAUGAUGAGAUCUUUUCCACCUUGGAUAAGUACCUAAAGUCUGGCGAUGGAGAAAAUACAUCAGUGGAACAUGUGCGAUGCUUUCAGCCUCCAAUUCACCAGUCCCUGGCCAGCAACUAAGGCUUCUCUCCCUGUAAUAUAUACUUGGCAUUACCACUGUAAUAUCACUCAUGAUGGUUCUCUAUUCACUGGUAGACUGCAGAUAAGGCAGCCAUAUGUAAUCAUAGCAAUCAAUGAAAACUUCUAGAUUCUUUAGUAAAAGGGUUUCCAAUGAAGACGUAGGACAAGGGAUGCUAUACAAGGCUUAGCUGAAAUCUAAAUUAUUUUUCCAAUAAUAUAUUUACUGCUGUAUAACACUACCAGUCUCUCUCAUAAUUCUCUUUUUGGAAGUCAUUUUUACAUUCUGGGAUAAGGAAUACAUAACCUUCUGUAAUUAUUAAGUUCUUAAGACUGUACUUAUUAAUAGCAAUGUAUGUCUUAUGACUUGUACAAGUGUAAUCUCCAAGAAUUUCCUCUUAUGUAAUUUUCAAUAAAAGUUUUAUCUU